GAUCUUUACAACUGGAUUGCUUAGGCGAACUUGAAGGGGUUUUUGAAGAAGUUGAAGAUGCUCUUGUAAAUUUGGAAGAUGUUAUUGAAAUUUCGGAACUUCAAGAAAGACAACUUGAUCAUAGAUUUCAGCUGGCAAUGUACAAAGAAAAGAAAUUGUCAGACUUUGAAGAUAUGAAAGCUAAGUUAGGUGAAGAACAUGCUCAUAAAGUGUUUCAACAUGAAAAGAAACAGAGUGCUGUUCUAAGGGAAAGGCAAAACACAUUCCAAGAAGCAUUUGAAGAAGAAAUUCAACAAUACAAAACACAUGGCAUUAGGGAAUUGAGAAAAAGGGUUUCUAGUCAAAGUAGCGCUAACUCUGUAUCAUUAGAGGAUAUUGAAUUAGAUGAAGAUGCUUCUGCAUUGGAUGAGUUCCUGGGUGAUGAAUUAGAAAAAGAUCCUGAAAUAGAAACAGAACAAAUGAUUGAAAAAAGCUCUGAAUCUGAGAAGGAAUCUGACACAAAAUGUAACUCAGAAAGCACAGGUGUGAUUGAAGAUAAUGGAAAUGAAAAUAUUGUAGUUGAUAAUUCUGUUGGAUAAGUAAUAUUGUUACGCUGGGUGUUUAUUGUGAUUUUAUAAAGUAAUUAGAUGCAAAUUUUUUAAAGAAGAUUAAAAAUUUAUUUAUCUUUUUAGUUCAA